UCACAGUUCCAAAGCAGAAGCAAAUUUUCCUCAACAUAUAAAUUUGUAGCUAUGGCUUCGAAAGCUUGUAUUUUGUUGUUCGUGUUAGUCGCUGCUUGCCUUCUAGUCUGCAGUAGCUCUUCCGGGCUCCGACUUUCAGCAACCAAGACAUCACCGCUCCCUUCCACAGCUUCGGUUAAGGUUGACGGCGUCCAUCAGGCGGCCAUUGACACCUCCCCGCCAGCACCGUUGUCUUCGAAUGUUGCGGGAGUAAACGGAGAUGAAAUUGAUUGUGACGGUGAGAAACCUCAUCAUAACAAAAACCAUGACGCACCAUCUCCCGGGGACGAAAACUAAUACAUAAAUCUGAUCAACCCAAUACAUAUGGACACCAAUCAUGAUCAUCGUAGUUUCAUGUGUCAUACGAUUCAUGAAACUUCCCAAGCAUUACAAUAUGUG